AUGAAGGGAGCUCACAUAUACGUUCAUAUCAUCCAUAACAUGACAUAAGAUGAUUUGAAACUACCCACAUUAAAAGCAUAACACUUUUCUAUUCAAGUUGCAAGUGUUGAACACCAACUCCAAUGCCUCUUUUAUUAUAUCCUCCCGUGGAGCCCGGCGGGCCUUAAGCAAGCAAGCACCACCUACUCCACCAUUUCCUCUACUUAAUUACUACUCCUCUUUCUUUUCACACUCUUUUUCUCUCAUUUUUUUUUUAGGUUUCAACCACCUUAUUUAUAAUUCCUAAUAAUAAAAAAAUAUACAAAAAAAUAACAUUAAAUUUAAUAACCUUCCUAAAAUUCACCACUUUUUUCCUACACUUACUCCCACGUCUUACAAAACAAUAUUUUCCUACAUUUAUUUUUUCAUUCAAAAUCUCAUGAGUUAGUUCAUGUCAACACCAAUCCCUUCCAUCCCACACCAAUCUCCUCCCACCACUAUCACAACCACUUCUAGCGUUGGCCUCGGCUAUGGCAUUGCGAUCGCGGUUAGUAUCCUCGUCCUCAUCUCCACCAUCAUGCUCGCUUCCUACGCUUGCGUCCGUAUCAAGUCAUCCGGUAGCACCCGACACCGUCCUACCAUUGAAAGCGACGAUGACAACAUAGACGGUGCCGGUAACCAGGACAGGCAGCCCAGGCCCAUAGUAACUGGGCUUCCAGGCCCGGUUAUGUUAAAAGUGGGCCGAGAUAUGCAGCCCAAAAAGGGAGUAUCAUACCCAGAAGUGGUGUUGGGUGAGAGCAAGAGGCUCCCUAAGCCUAAUAAUGGCCCAUGUUCCAUUUGCUUGUCUGAGUAUAAGCCCAAACAAACUGUAAGAUGUAUGCCUGAUUGUAAUCAUUGUUUUCAUGUAGGUUGUAUUGAUCAAUGGCUUAAGAUGAGCCCUACAUGUCCCCUUUGCCGGAACUCGCCCGCGCACUCGGUGGGUCCCACCCCUAGUGGGACCCCCUUAUCGGAGCUAGUUCCACUGGCAUUUUAUCCUAGAUAACGUAUGAUCAAUGAUAAAGUUAUUCUUUUUGGGGGUACACCGUAAAAUUAUUUGGAAAUCAAUUGUUUAACUUUGUACUACGUGGUAUAAAAUUAGCGGCUACAUA